AUGAAGGAGGAUCAAGUUGUGCUGGAAGAACCAGGAUUCCAAGAUGAAGAUGAAUCUUUGUUUCAAGACAUUGACCUGUUACAAAAACAUGGAAUUAAUGUGGCUGACAUUAAGAAACUGAAGUCAGUAGGCAUCUGUACCAUCAAAGGGAUACAGAUGACAACAAGAAGAGCCCUGUGCAAUGUCAAAGGACUCUCAGAAGCAAAAGUGGACAAGAUUAAAGAAGCAGCCAACAAGCUUAUUGAACCAGGAUUCUUGACUGCAUUUGAGUAUAGUGAGAAGAGGAAGAUGGUUUUCCAUAUCACCACUGGGAGCCAGGAAUUUGAUAAGUUGCUAGGAGGUGGAAUUGAAAGCAUGGCAAUCACAGAAGCUUUUGGAGAAUUUCGAACUGGAAAAACCCAACUCUCUCAUACCCUCUGUGUGACAGCUCAACUUCCAGGAGCAGGUGGCUACUCAGGAGGAAAGAUUAUUUUCAUCGAUACAGAAAAUACUUUCCGUCCAGAUCGCCUUCGGGACAUUGCUGAUCGCUUCAAUGUAGACCAUAAUGCAGUUCUGGACAAUGUACUUUAUGCACGUGCAUAUACUAGUGAACAUCAGAUGGAGCUACUUGAUUAUGUAGCAGCAAAGUUCCAUGAAGAAGCUGGCAUUUUUAAGCUACUGAUCAUUGAUUCAAUAAUGGCACUUUUCCGAGUGGAUUUCAGUGGUCGUGGGGAGUUGGCUGAACGGCAGCAAAAACUGGCCCAGAUGUUGUCCCGACUCCAAAAAAUCUCAGAAGAAUAUAAUGUAGCUGUGUUUGUGACCAAUCAAAUGACUGCUGACCCAGGAGCAACUAUGACUUUUCAAGCAGACCCAAAAAAACCCAUUGGGGGACACAUUCUGGCGCAUGCUUCAACAACAAGAAUAAGCUUGCGAAAAGGAAGAGGAGAGCUGAGAAUUGCCAAGAUUUAUGACAGCCCUGAGAUGCCUGAAAAUGAAGCCACCUUCGCAAUAACUGCUGGAGGAAUUGGGGAUGCCAAGGAGUAG